AGACAAUAUACCUUGACUAUUUCAUUUCUUCUUCCCUCAAUUGAUCAAAAUCCGAAUAAUCUUCCUGAAUCGAAAUACAAUAUACUCCAUAAUCAUAAGACACAUAUUUACUUUAUUGUCAUCUUCACUGACAUUUGUUUCUUUCAUUUAUUUUUUACCCCUCUAAUCGAACAUUUACCUAAUACUAAUAUUGCUAAUCUAUUUUUUCAACAACAUUUUGUUAAUGUAAUUGCGCCUUAUUGUUAAUUUGCUAUAUUAUAUUAUUAUUCAGGAUAACUUAUUAUAUUAUAACUAAUUUUUAACUUAAGUGGCAUCAUUGUGCUCAAGACUCAAGAGGCACGGUAUAUAAACCGGGGAGAGAUCAGAUGUAGCGUUUUUUUUUUAAUAUUAAAUUUAUAACUCCCGGUUCCAAUAGAAACCAAGAUACGCUAACGUGCGCCUCCCUCUCUCUCUCUUCCCCGCCCGCACAAAAUCCAUACUGAGACGCCAACCCUUUCACAGUGUUUCCCUCUUUUUGAUUUCCCCCUUACGGCUCUUUCAAUCACUCCUCUUGUUGUCUUCGCACGAGCAGCAGUCAGUGAGGUAAGUCUAUUCCGGCCUCCGUUUUCAACUUUCGUCUUCUCUCCUCUGUCGCACGGCGUCUCUGUAAUAUCGGCUGGUUUUGCUUCAAUUGAAUUAAUUCCUCGGGCAGGAAGGUAGAGGAAGGAGACUGGAGAGGCACUUGCAGCAUUGGAGCUUUGCUCAUUCAAGUGGAAAUUUUGCGUCUCGUAGCUUUUGGAUUCCGCCUCAAUUGAAUUAUCAGUAGCUUGAUUUAUUUCGUUGCUCUUAGUUUUUGGCGAAUCGGGAAUUGGAGGACGAAGCGGAAAGCAGCAGGAUUAUGCGUUUGAUUCGUCAGUAGGAGGUUGCUCUUAUUAGGUUAGGAGCUGGAAUCUUUUGGGUGAUGGGAAGAUGGGAGUUGAUGAUUUGUCGAAGAAUUCCGUGCUUGUUGAAGCUAACCUAGGGUUGAAGGAAGGAUUGUGCGAGGGAGCAUCGAGUGCUAGGGCUGGAAGGAUGGGGAGUGAGGAGAAGAAGUCUGGUGCGAAGAAGAGGCUGAAGGCGGUCGAAUUUGUGGUGGAUUCUGAUGACGAUGAGCCAAUUGGGAGUUUGUUGAAGACGAGGAGACCCAAGAACCCUAGGAAGGGUAAAGCAGUUUCCGGCAGGGUUUCCAAAGUAGGGAAAGUGGUUUCCGUGGAUGACGAUUCGGGGGGAAUGGAUGAUACCUUAGCUAGUUUUAGGAAGAAGUUGAAAGGUCCUAAAAAGGAUGUUGGAUCUGUUGCAGGUGUUCGAGAACCUUCUGGUCACAGCAAUAACUUACAUGAUGGUGGCAAUCAGGCUUAUGACCAUUGUCUAGCUUUAGUUUCCCCUAAAAAAGAAGCAACUAAAACACCUGAUGGUAGCUCAACCCCGGUCAGUGAAACAGAUCAGGAAGUUCAUGAAUCUGGAUUUGAUCUCCAGGUGAGCUGCAGAGAGAAUCCUCCAGAAACAGAUGUUGAUCCUCCCAACUCCACUGCACCCAUUCAAAAGGGGAGUCCUGUACUGCAACAAAAUGAACUUUCCCAUGAUGCAAGCAAGCAAACUUGCAUUUCAGGCCAUGAACGUUCUUUCGUCAAUGAAGAGGCUAAUGGAGCCUCUCCCGCGUCUGUAGCAGCAGAGGAAAAUUGUAGUUUCAGAGAUGAUAUAGUUUCUGUUCCAGAUUCUGAAAUCAAAGAUGGCAAACUAGCUGCUAUGCAGCGAGUUGUGCGUCACCCAAAAAAGCGUAGGCAUGAAGACAUGGCUUAUGAAGGGGAUGUGGAUUGGGAAGUCCUAAUAAAUGGGCAGAGAUUUCUGGAUGAGGAAGUUGUGGACAGUGAACGAUCUUGUAAAAUCAGAGAGAAGUCUGAUUCCUCUUCAGUUAGUGCUUCCGAGGCUGAGAAUGGUGGAGCAGCCGCUGUGUCUGCUGGACUGAAAUUGCGUGCGGCUGGUCCAGUUGAGAAGAUAAAGUUCAAAGAUGUCUUGAAGCGCAAGGGUGGCCUCCAAGAAUAUUUAGAGUGCAGGAAUCAGAUCUUAACUCUUUGGAGCAGAGAUGUUACCCGGAUAUUGCCACUUUCUGAAUGUGGUGUCUCGGGUACCCCUUCGGAGGGUGAGCCUCAACACACUUCAUUGAUUAGAGAAGUCUAUUCGUUUCUUGACCAGAGUGGAUACAUAAAUGUUGGCAUUGCUUAUGAAAAAGAGAAAGCAGAACCUGGUGCUGAGCAUAAUUAUAAGCUUUGUGGAGGGAAAGGUCUCGGAGGAAGUCCUGGCACCUCGGUUGCUGACAUGGAGGAUGGAGUCUCCUUUAUUCUCGGUCAGGUCAAGACUCACCAGACUUCAAUUGAGGUUAAGGGUAGAGUUAUGAAAGAUGUCGAAAACCAAGAGUCACAAGCCACAAAACACGGAGAGUUUAAUGCAUCCAAGGCAUUGAAGUCAUCUAAUGCGCCAAAUCCUGAAGAGUUUCUAUCUGCUGAUAUUCAGCACACUGCUGAACCAAAAUCAUCCGAUUUAGUCUCUGUUAUAACUCCUCAGUUAAGGGAUGAGCAGCAGAGUGUUCUAUCAUCCUCUCACAAUGAUUUAGAAGGGAACCACUAUAUGACAUGUGAUUCUCAAAAUAAAAAAAGAAUCUUAGUUAUUGGUGCUGGUCCUGCUGGAUUAACAGCUGCACGCCAUUUGCAGCGGCAGGGUUUUUAUGUAACUGUUCUUGAGGCAAGGAGUAGGGUCGGAGGCCGUGUUUAUACAGAUCGCACGUCCUUUUCUGUUCCAGUGGAUCUUGGGGCUAGCAUUAUUACUGGUGUUGAAGCAGAUGUUGCAACUGAGAGGAGACCAGACCCUUCCUCUUUGAUCUGUGCUCAGUUGGGCCUUGAGUUGACCGUUCUGAACAGUGAUUGUCCACUUUAUGACAUAGUAACAGGAGAAAAAGUGCCUAGCGAUCUGGAUGAAGCGUUGGAGUCAGAAUUCAAUGGUCUCUUAGAUGAUAUGGUAUUACUAAUUGCUCAGAAGGGAGAACAUGCUCUGAAAAUGUCUUUGGAGGAUGGAUUAGAAUAUGCCCUUAAGAAACGGCGCUUAGCACAACCGAAGUCUGAUAUCAAUGCAACUGAUUUUUCAUAUGUCUCCACACCAUGUAAUACUGAAGGAGUUCCCCAGAAAAGUUGUAGGGAGGAAGUUUUGAGUGCCCCUGAGAGAAGGGUUAUGGAUUGGCAUUUUGCUAAUUUGGAGUAUGGCUGUGCUGCUUUGCUCAAGCAAGUGUCACUGCCGCAUUGGAAUCAGGAUGAUGUAUAUGGAGGAUUUGGAGGAGCUCAUUGUAUGAUUAAGGGGGGCUACAGUAAUGUUGUUGAGUCUCUUGCAGAAGGGCUGGUUAUUCACUUGAAUCAUGUUGUUAGUGAGAUUUCAUACGGCCCUAAGGACACUGGUGGAGAUGAUCGCAUAGUGAAGGUUUCUACAUCAAAUGGAAGAGAGUUCUGUGGAGAUGCUGUCCUUGUUACUGUGCCACUCGGGUGCCUGAAAGCAGAAAGCAUCAAGUUUUCCCCUUCUUUACCUCAAUGGAAACAGUCCUCCAUUCAGAGACUUGGUUAUGGAGUUCUAAAUAAAGUAGUUUUGGAGUUUGAACGAGUUUUUUGGGAUGAUUCGGUGGAUUACUUUGGAACGACAGCCGAGGACACAGAUUGUAGGGGGCAUUGCUUUAUGUUCUGGAAUCUAAGGAAAACUGUGGGAGCUCCGGUUCUUAUUGCUUUGGUUGUUGGCAAGGCUGCUAUUGAUGGCCAAAGCAUGAACUCAUCUGAUCAUGUCAGUCAUGCAUUGAAGUCCCUUCGUAAACUUUUUGGGGAAAAUUUAGUCCCAGAUCCAGUUGCUUCAGCGGUGACCGAUUGGGGUGGAGAUCCUUUUAGCUAUGGUGCUUACUCUUAUGUUGCCAUAGGUUCAUCUGGAGAAGACUAUGAUACAUUAGGCAGACCUGUCGAGAACUGCCUAUUCUUCGCUGGUGAAGCUACCUGCAAGCAGUAUCCUGACACAGUUGGUGGUGCUAUGAUGAGUGGCCUUCGGGAGGCAGUGCGGAUAAUUGAUAUAAUGAGUACUGGGAAUGAUUACACUGCUGAGGCAGAGGCAUUGGAGGCUGCCAAGAGACGGUUGGAGCUUGAGAGGGAUGAAGUUAGGGACAUAAUGCAGAGACUCGAAGCUAUGGAGCUUUAUACCGUUUUCUCCAAGAGUUCUGUGGCCUUACUGCAGGAGAUGUUUUUUGCUGCAAAAACCACUGCAGGACGGCUGCAUCUUGCCAAGAAGUUGUUGAGUCUUCCUACUGAAACCUUGAAGUCCUUUGCUGGUACCAAAAAAGGGUUAUCCACUCUAAACUCAUGGAUACUGGACUCUAUGGGGAAGGAUGGUACUCAACUUUUACGCCAUUGUGUUCGAAUUCUUGUGCUUGUAUCAACAGAUUUACUUGCAGUGCGUUUGUCAGGCAUAGGGAAGACGGUGAGAGAAAAAGUAUGCGUACAUACCAGCCGUGAUAUACGUGCUAUAGCAAGUCAGCUAGUAAGCGUCUGGCUUGAAGUGUUCCGGAGGCAGAAAGCUUCAAAUCGUUUGAAGUUAUCUAGGCAAGCUUCAGUACUUGAUUCUUCAAAGAGAAAAUCUGUAUUUAAUAUGCUUUCGGGGAAGCCACCUCUCCGUAGUCAUCAAAGUGCUUUGGAAAAUAGAGGGAGCUUGCACUUUCCUGCACCCACUGCCAGUCCAUGUCUGAAGAAUGUGAAUGGUGAGUUGGUUAAUCAGGGAAAUAAAGAUUUGGGAUUUGAAUCGAGGUCCCAAGAUUCUGUUAGCAUAGUGGGGACUGAGAUGAAAGAGCAAAGUAAAGUUGCUAUGUCUGAGGAAGAAAAGGCAGCAUUUGCUGCUGCUGAGGCAGCACAAGCUGCAGCUCGUGCAGCUGCUGAGGCUUAUGCCAAGUGCAACACGAUGAUGCAGCUUCCUAAGAUACCCUCAUUUCAUAAGUUUGCUAGGCGGGAACAAUACCCGCAAAUGGAUGAAUUCGAUCCCAGGAAAAAAUGGUCUGGUGGCGUCAUGGGAGGCCAAGAUUGUACAUCUGAAAUCGACUCUAGGAAUUGCAGAGUUAGGGACUGGUCAGUUGAUUUCUCCGCUAACUUCAACAAUUCCAGAAUGUCAAUUGAUAACCUGUCUCAGCGAAGCCAUUCCAAUGAGAUAGCAUCCCGUAUGAACUUGAGAGAGCAGUCUGGAGAAAGUGUAGCCAAUGACAGCAGUCUUUAUACGAAAGCAUGGGUUGAUACUGCUGAUGUUGGGGCUAUCAAGGGUUAUCAAGCCAUCGAGAGAUGGCAAUGUCAAGCAGCUGCCGCUGAUUCUGAAUUGAACCAUUCAGAUAUGCAUGUAAUUGAUGAAGAGGACUCUAAUACAAGUUCAAGACCUCCAGCCUGCACAAAUGAUAGACGUGCAAAUGAGAGCUCCAUCUCACAAGUUACUGUAAACAAAGAGACAUUAAAGAGCCAUUCUCGAGGUGCAGACCGUAUCAAACAAGCUGUUGUGGAUUUUGUUGCAUCAGUACUCAUGCCUGUGUAUAAGGCACGGAAGAUUGAUAGGGAUGGGUACAAGACAAUAAUGAAAAAGUGUGCUACCAAGGUCAUGGAGCGGGCUACUGAUGCGGAGAAAGCGAUGUCUGUGUCCGAGUUUCUUGAUUCCAAGCGCAAGAAUAAGAUUCGAGCUUUUGUUGAUAAAUUGAUGGAGAGGCAAAUGGAAACAAAGCCAGCUGAUAAACUAUGACACCCUUUGGCGAUGGUCGGUACUUCAGAGGUUUGGUCAGCCAGGGUGACUCAUUUGCUGCAUCAAUUCAACUGCAAAGGGUGGUGUUGGUGGCAGAAUUCAUCGAUCUAAAUUCCAGACCAGUGCCUUCAUGAAGACUGUAUGAUGGAGAGACUUUCAAGGUGCUGAGAAAUGGGAUGCCUUUUUGUGGCCUUCUGAGUCUCAAAUGCAAUAUUGAGGAUCGAUUAAUUUUGGCUCUCAGCGUCCUUACAAAAGCCCUCUGAAUGCUGCAACAGGGAACACUGAGGAGGUCAAACAUCGGUUGUAGCUCUCUUGCUCAUGGACUAUAAGGAUUUUGCAUGUACAAAACUGCUUGGUUCAAGAGUUGUCAUUGAUCAGCAUUUUGCUUGAACGGGUGAAGGAUCACACCAGACCUUAUUGUCCAGGGACUACCAUAGCUGCUAGAUUACCUUUUACUGACUUGAUUUUGAUGCAUGUAUAGUCUUUUAGGAUUGUUUUAGUGGUGAGAAGCAUGACAAUGACUGUCUUCCCCUCAGAAAAGUCUUUAACAGUAUCAUCCUGAUUUUUCAAGCGAUCAAUUGCUAACUCUCUUUUCUAUUCUCUUAAAGUCAACUUCCAAUCCAUACAUUCAUGGAAGCCCUUCCAAAGAAUUAUCUGUUCCUUUUCUCUUACCAUUUCAUUCUCUGUAUUGUUGCUCAACAGAUAAGUACAGUUACAAUCUAUUGGUAUCUGUGGGAAACUGAUAACAAGUGACCCUCAAGGCAUAGUUGAGGAUCUCAGGAAUGAUAUAUCAAGUAAUCCGUCUGAGGAAUCUACAGGGUGAAAGCAUUUCUGGUAUUUGUUUCAUAGUUGAUCCUUCCUAUGAUACAUUAGUUCAUCUACUGGGUGAGAGCAUUUCUGGUAUUUGUUUCACAGUUGAUCCUUCCCAGGAUACAUUAGUUCAUGGUAUUUACUAAUGUUUCUCCUUCAUGUCCAGGGAAGGUAAGACUUGAAUGAAAGGGAUCAGCACUUUUGUUUCUCAGUUCCUGUCUUCCUUUUCAUUUCAUCAAUUAGCUUCCCCAUUGAAUGUAUCAAAAUCUUGCUGCAUUUACUUCUGUGCAUGUCAAAUCUGUCAAAUUGCUCUUGACAUAUAUUGUUAGCAGUUGGCUGCAGAUUUUACAUUCCUACAUUUUGAUCAACCAUGAUAGAACAUUUGGAACAAGGAUGAAGAUCAGCUUUCAGCAUGUCUAACAAAAUGCUUUGGUUCGUUCUUGGAAUCACUCACGUCCCUUUUAUUCUUGAUGCCGAGUAUUUUGUUGCCAGAUGUGGUUCUUGAGUCUACUGCUCCUGUUCUAUUCUGGUUAGAAAGUAGCUUUUUUUGGGUACCUAAAUCUCACCGCUCUCUUGUCAGGUUGCUGGUUAAUGGCUCUCAAGAAAGAGUUCACUUAUAUGUGUUAAGUUCUUGAGGCGUUCCUUUUGCAUGCUAGUUAAACUUGCCUUCCCAAUUCAAUAUAUCAAAAGCUUCAUUAGACUUUACAGAACCAUGGGGACAAGUGCUUGUGAUUGGUCAUAUGAAAGCUUCAGCUUUCAGGUACCACUCCUGACACUGUCCAUUGUGUUUCAAAACUAUUGUUAGUAGUUGGCUGAAGAUUCUUACAUAAACUUUGUGCUUUGAUCAUACAGGACAGAACCUAAGAUGAAUGAGGAAGAGCAGCUCGGAAUGUAAUGUCGGCGAUAUGCUUUCCUUCUCUCUUCGAAUCAUUCGCCUUUCUUUGUAAUAGAAAUGUCAAGCAUUUCGCCAGCCUGCUACCAUGUUAUCUACGCAUUGUAGUCUUGCUCAGAAUUGUAACUAGCUGGCCAGGAAGCUUUGAUUCGUCGCUGAUGACAAUGGAUUAGUAGAGAAAGGGGUUGCAGCUUUUAGUUAGUUUGUGCUUCUUAUGCUUUUGUUAUCCCAACUCUGUUUCCUGAAUCUACCCCGGCUGCUUUGUUCUUGUCAGGGAAAAUGUUCAGUUGUUGAGCUUAAAAUUGUCAUUUGCUUUCGUUAUCAGUUGCUUAGACCUUUGUCACCCCUUUUGUCCUUCACUAGAUAACUUGUCUUCUAUGAUACUAAAUACGUAUAUGUACAGAUGCUCCGUAUUUUCAUUGCUCGGAACGCAAGACAAGAGGUUCGAGCUGCAGCUCGACUGUUGUUGCCGUGACACCAAUAUCAGGUAUGCAGGGCGGACCAGAAACCAAGCAUGCCAACCACAUUUUGGCUUUUCCAGUCCUACAUUACAUUGUAGAGAGUAGGAGGUUAGGAAUUAGGACCAUACAUUUUAAAUAGAAAACUUAAGGGAUACAUAGUACAAGAAUGUGGUCUCCAUCUCCAAAUCAAACAAAAAAGUACAAAGAUAACA